GAGGACUGCAGGGGCCUGAGCCGUCGCCGCCGCCGCGCAGCCCCACAUUGGUGUAUCGGGGCCCUCGCCGCCGCUGCCGCUGCCGCCGCCCAAAAAGUCGCAGCCGCUAGGGUCGCCGCCACAUCGGUGCAGGGCAAGAUGGCAUCGGCCACAGACUCACGCUACGGGCAGAAGGAGUCCUCGGAUCAGAACUUCGAUUACAUGUUCAAGAUCCUCAUCAUCGGCAACAGCAGUGUGGGCAAGACGUCUUUCCUCUUUCGCUAUGCCGAUGACUCCUUUACACCUGCCUUCGUCAGCACCGUGGGCAUUGACUUCAAGGUCAAGACCAUCUAUCGAAACGACAAGAGGAUCAAGCUGCAGAUCUGGGACACGGCAGGGCAAGAGCGGUACCGGACCAUCACCACAGCCUACUACCGGGGUGCCAUGGGCUUCAUCCUCAUGUAUGACAUUACCAAUGAAGAGUCCUUCAAUGCUGUGCAGGACUGGUCAACCCAGAUCAAGACCUACUCUUGGGACAACGCCCAGGUGCUGCUGGUGGGGAAUAAGUGUGACAUGGAGGACGAGCGGGUGGUGUCGUCGGAACGUGGCCGGCAGCUGGCUGACCACCUCGGGUUCGAGUUCUUUGAGGCAAGUGCCAAGGACAACAUUAAUGUCAAGCAGACCUUUGAGCGCCUGGUGGAUGUCAUCUGCGAGAAGAUGUCUGAGUCGUUGGACACGGCCGACCCUGCAGUAACGGGCGCCAAGCAGGGCCCGCAGCUCACUGACCAGCAGGCGCCCCCACACCAGGACUGCGCCUGCUGAGAGAUGCCCCACCCCUGCCCCAGCCCACCCCUCCCCGGGCCUGACCUGGCCCCCACUGACCACGGGCUCAAGACCCCCGCCCCUGACUUAGCCCAUCACCCUUAUUUAUUAUUGUAGCUAUUUAUUUAUUUAUUGAUGAUGUCCUCCAGGGGCCUGGGCUUCCCCACCCACCCCACGUCCCGCUGGUCCUGUACAUACAGUCCUGUCCCCACUCUGCCGUGGCGUGUUGUGGCCCCGUGAACACACCAUUCACCUUCCUCUUGAGAACCCACCUUUUUUUAAAAUUCACCCCCAUCAACAGUUGUCGGUUGUGAAGAGGGGGCCAGAUGACACCCCAGAGCAGGCUGAUUGGGUGAUGGAAGGUGGCUGGGCCUGCUGUGGUGGGCCGAGGCCACUGUUGGGGGGGGUCUCUAUGUGGACCAUGGGGGUCAGAGUCCGGCAACCUGCCUGCUGGGCUCUCCCCCAAAAGUCUUAUUUUUGGGGUAGGGGAGUGCUGUGAGUAUUCACCACCCUGGGACCCCCCCCCCACCAGACCUGUUUUGACGUCACAAGUGUCAAACAUGCCCUCCAGUCCCCUAGGAAAUGUCAUAACAACAUUACACACAACCCAAUAAAGCGAAUGGACCAUGCUGCGUCCAUAUGAACCCUG